UAUUUCCCGGAAGACUAAUUAAUGUCAGGCUACGUUGCCAAGUAACCUACUGAGAUAUUUUCAAAACAUCUGCUGCCAUCAGCUGAUAUGUUUAGAGAUUAAUUGGCCGCAGUCAUGAGCUUGCAGGAGGACGAGCCCCAACAAGGGACACUGCAGGAGGUGGCAGCCAGAAUAAUUCAGAAGACUUGGAGAGGAUAUAUGGCCAGUGAAGUCUUCAGGUAUUUCAAAGAGCUGAUUUUCUACUGCAAACAGCAGGAUCCAAAGACCAUCCUCAAAACUGUCAAUCCUCGAGAGGCCGAACUGCUGGAUGCUGCAGCUGGAGUGUUUAUCAGAUUUCGACUUGGAGGGAUCAACUUUCCUCCUGAUAUUUAUUACAAGAUCUUCACCCAUCAGCCCAUUAUGGAUGUGUGUGCAGGCAGCCCAAAAGACUACACCAAGCAAAGUCGUAGGAAGCUUGUGGCCCAGAAGACCAACAAAGGCCCAGCUGUCGCAAAGGAUGACCAAUCAGGUUGGUACAAGCGCAUGGAGAACAAUAGUUGGAGGCUGUUCUGUAACAAGGUGAGGAACAAAAAUGAUUUUCUGUUCUGCUUUAGUCAAGUUCUGCCAUUUUUUUGGCACGUGAGCCUGCAGAGAUCGGUGCUGACAAAAAAAAUGGACUUUCAUUACUCCAAGUUGCAGCGGAAUCAAGAUUUAGAGAGUUGGAGGAAAAGAAAGAAAAUUGAAUGGCUGAAGCAGAUGUAUAAAGAGGGUCGUCUGCAGGAUCAUGCAGAGCACAGACACAUGGCGGCCCUGGUGGAGAGUUCCACCCAGGAAUUGAUGGAGACAGUUGAAAAGAAAGGAGAUGAUGAAAUACUGGAAUGGGAGCUGGAUGAGCUGCUGGCCUGGACCAACACUCUAAACUUCGAGGAGUAUAUGGAGGAAUGGAGACAUUUGGCCUGCAGUUACUCCUCUGAGCUGAGCAAAGAUGGCCCUUCUCACCCACCCAGGUUAGAUCCACACGAGCUCGCUGAUGAAAACGCAGCAGAACAAACAUGAUUUAUGUUAAAACUGUGCAGUCUCGAAGUGGAGUGUGCCACACUGUUAUUGUCGCAGUAUUCACUUUAAUAAAGUCUGAAACUUGCAGUUGUUUACAGUCCUUGUUAGUCUGUCAUAUAAGUAGACAUCACUGUGUGACAUUUUUUGUUAGUUUUAAAUAGUUUUUAAAAAACUAUAAACAUGUGAUGAGCGUCUUUUGAAGUGGAUUUUAAUAUUACGCUGCAGCCGAGAGAGCACUCUGGUCAAACGUCAAAAUGGUCUCUAAGUUUACACAUUAGUUUUGACUGCUAAUGAAAAUAGUUUUCGUUACAAAUAACUCUCGCACUGAACUAACAGCCAAUCCCUCAACAAGUUUGUGCUCUCUGCUCAUAUUGCCUUCAUAUUAAAUCAUUUUGUGCUUUUUAAAGAACUUAUUUUAACAUUGCACUCAACAACAAACAAAUCCUCCAUAACAACAAAAGUAACUUCAAUGGCCAAACUGCAUUAUAUUUCUUCAGGUCAAUAUACGGGCCCCAAGUAGGAGGGAGGUAAGCCGUGAGUUUGAGACCCUUGCUAAAAUGAAACGGUGGAGAGUCCCAGGUAUUUAUACACCAGAGGGAUGUGUCCCUUAAAGGAAUCCAGACACUCAUCUUUCAAAGCUCCUUAGACUAACAGGCCCUGGAUGACUGAGAACAGACAAAACUACUAUGUUUUAGGCACUGCUGGGAGUUGAACCCAGGAUCUCCUGUUUUCUAGUUUAAGACUUACUAGACAGGCACUUUAACCAACUAAGCCACAGUGCCACAUGCACACAGA